CCCGUCUAUUCUCAACCUCUAUACAAAGAAGGCUUCAUGCUGAUCGACUCCAUCAAUACCACUCAAACAUAUACAUUCCUAUUCACCACUCACAAGUUCAAAGUUUUCUACUAAGAAAACAAUCAUCACCAUCAUGAGUACUGCUUCAAGAACAAGCAAGGCUAUUGUGGCAGCAAGUGUUGGAGUUGUGGAGGCAUUGAAGGACCAAGGGAUUUGCAGGUGGAACUCACCCACAAUAAGAUCCGUCCAUCAACAGGCCAAGAACCAUUUCAGGUCUUCUUCUCAGGCGAACAAGAACAAGCUCUCUUCUUCUUCAACCUCAGCUUUGAGCAGAGUCAGAGACGAGAAGCUGAAGAAGUCGGAGGAGUCUUUGAGGACGGUCAUGUACUUGAGCUGCUGGGGUCCCAACUAAGACUAUUAUUCAAGCAAGCACACAAAAUCAAGUGCAAGAUUACUUUGGCUUGGGCUGAACAAGAAUCGACCCAUAUCGAUCAGGGCUUGUGACGAAAAUUAGAUAGAAGGAAAUUAAGUGAUGCAUGCCUUUGUUAUCGAGGGAAAGUGAUGUAAAUUUUGUUUUGUAUAACGAUUGACAUUAUGGUAAUGCAAUUGCAUUUCUGAGAA